CGACACCAUUCCUCUCGCGUCGUUCCGCCGUGCCGCUCCACCGCUCUCCCGCGACACGGGCGAUGCCGCGCAGCUCCACCCGCCACGCCGCGCCGCCGCGACCCGCAGCUCCACCACGCAGCUCUACCGCUCCCCCAUCCCUGCCUUUCGAUUUGUUCCCUAAAAUACUCACCUUUCCUCCACCCUUGCCCGUCGAUUCGGUGCCUUGCAGCGACAAAAAUCCUCACCUGGCCGUCAAUUCGCCGCCGUCGUGAGGGGAGUGCAGGAGGAGCAAAACUUCAUGUUAGCUGGAGGAGCAGUGGAGAGCAAAAUUUCAUGUUGGGGAGAGCAGCGGUGAGCAAAAUUCUCACCUUUCCUUCCUUUUCCGGUGGAGAAGCUUGGCCGGUUGCCGGGGUGAAGGCGGCGCCCCCAUAGUCCGGGUACUCCUCGUCGUCGUCUUCCAGUUCGCCUACCCCAUCCAAGGUAUGCCCAAUUUGUUCCUCUGCUUGCAAGAAUCUGAGAGCAAUUUGUGUAUAUCUGCAAUUUGUGUAGAAAUAAUCACAUCAGUGAUUCAAGAUUUCAUACUGAGGUUCAUAGGGAUUGCUGAAUUGUCCCUCAACAUUGCAGUAUUGCAAGUUCUUGGUCAGGCUUAUAGGUGUAGAUUGAUGCCAUCUUCUUGGAUUGAUCUUUCAGCAUUGCAAGUUCUUGGUCAGGCUUAUAGAUGUAGAUUGCUUUGUCGAACAAUGUUCCUGUCGGUCCAACAAUGUUUCUGAAUCUGAACAUUUUUGCACUCUAAAUAGUCAAAAUUAACCAAUGUUCAGAAAUCUACAGAUUUUGCUCUCUAAAUGUCAGUUAACAAAUUCUUAUUCUUACUGUCAAAUGUUCUUUUCUUUUUUUUGGAACCAUGCAUACUCUGUUCUGUUAGUAUGUUCAGUUUGGUAGCAUGAUUUCCCUUUAAUUAUGCAAGAUCAGAAUAUGUAGUUUCAGUGUCUAGCUUGCUCAGUGCAUUUUGAUCUUGGAGGUUUCUUUCAGUGUGGAACUGCUGCUGAUGCUGAUGCCGAGGUUAGAAUAUGUAGUUUCAGUGUCUAACUAGCUGCUGAUGAGGAAUGAUCAGGAGGACAAUUUGAAUUGGACAGCAGGAGAACAAUUUAGAGCAGCAGCACUGAACUUUACCUCUUGCGGCACAGACGGGCAGCAGCAGCGGCGAGGGGUGGGGCGGAAAAAGGCAGUGGCGGCGAGGGGCGUGGCUCGAUCAGGCGCCCGGUCGUCUAGCCGCCGGGCAGACCCGCGUGGCCCUGCCUGCCGAAGCCGCCAGAGAGGAGCGGCGGCCGCGGGCGCGAGGAAGCGGCCUGGGAAGCGGCCUGGGAUCACGGCGGGAGGCUCCGGCGACACGCGGAGGGGAUCUUGGCAGGAGGGGAACGCGCGGAGCGGAUCGUGGCUGGAGGGGAACGCGCGGAGGUGGUCGUGGCGGGAGGGGAAUGCUCCGGCGUGGGUCCUCAGUGGCGGCAGAGCAGUUCCUGGACGGCGCACGUCCUGGCCGGCGCAGGUGAAGAAUCCUACGACGGCACCCGUGACGACGCGCGGAAUCGCGCAGGUGCAGGUGGGUGGCGGCGGUGGAAUCAGAGGCGCAGGUGGCGGGCGGCGACGGCGGAAUCAGAGGCGCAGGUGGGCUCGUGGUGGUGGGCGGCGGCGAAAUCAGCUGGGCGGCGCCUGCCCAGGCGAUGCGCGGGGACGACGGAGGAAGAAGAUGGAGACGGGGAUCUAUUUAAAACUCCGAGGACUUUUUUGCAAAAACACCAGUACACUGCGCGCUGGACAACUUUUUUCGGACGGAGGGAGUAUGACACAGACACAAGUCACACAACACAGCUAGCGUACUGUACACGAGAAGCCAGUCAUGAAUUACUUUCCUGCUUAAGGAAAGACCAACCAUGCCUAGCGUGUAUCGAGUCGGACUGAAUUAUCUCUGCUAGUGCUGUGACCAUGUAAUGCUCCAUACCAAGGUAUAUGACAUCAAAUUUCACAACAUUUUGCAAUUCUAGUCCCAAAGAAGUUGGA